AUGCCUGUCGUUCACAUUGUCCUCGUUAAAGUCAAGCAGGCGGUGCUGUCUAACGGCUUUGACGAGCUGAAGCAGAAGUGCGAAACGCUCAAGGACCUUCCCAUCGCCAAGUCCAAGGCGACCGAGAUCAAGUGGGGACCUCCCGCCUACCCUGGUCGCAACGAAGGAUACAAUUGGGGUCUGUACAGCGUAUUUGGCUCUCGAGAGGACUACGAGGCGUACCGAGACGACGAAGAACACCGCAAAAUCUACGAUCAGCUGCAGCAGAGCCAACGACGCAACGCCAAUUUGCAGGAAGAGCUCACCAUGUCUCGCUUCGUCGCUCCGGAUGCUCUGGCAUUUUUCAGUGCUGUGCUCGCUAAGCAGGUCACGGGCGGGACCUAUCAUGGCGACAGCUGUCGACAAAGCGAUCAAGCAAGGUUCGUUCGAAUCAGUGCCGUCAAGCUCCUCCUGUCAGCAAUGUUGCUGAUGCCACCUCGAAGCAACUGGUCCUACUCGAUUUUAUGGACUGUUCAGUCUCGAUCAUAUGCAGUCUGCAGACACUCCUUUACCAUUGCAGUCAAAUCCAAGUGA